GCCAUGAUGCAGUUCUUGAAGCUUUUGGUGCCAAACCACCUUAACUGUGAGACAGAUCCUUCUAACUGGCCGUUAGAUCUUCUCCCUUUGAAGGAAGGUACACCCAAGGAUCCAGACAUUCUCCUUGAUGGUUUCUGGACCAGUUCAUUAUGAGUGUGAUGAAGUUACCUUCCUCUUUUUCACCAUUUCUUUCAGCUGUUGCCUUGGACUCUUUCUUUCCUUCCUGCUCAAGAAACUUACCCAGAGACAAGUUUCAUCCUUAGUUCAAGUUUUACUUGGACAGGGUUUCCUGGCAGAUGUUGUGGUUUGUGUGUUUGGGGGGGGGAGUUUGAAGCUUUCUCUAUAAAUGAGGAAUUUCUGGAGAUCCGUGGGCAGGAACAUCAUGGGCAAGAUUUUGGCUCUGAUUGUUGGUGUCUGAAAGCAGCUCUGUGCCAUCUGGGACUGGCCUCAUAGGAUUUUUUUUCAGCUUUUUAAAGCCCGUGGAGCUCAGUUUAGAUAUUUAAAGGGUUUAAUUUGUGUUGGUGUGUCAGGCUUUUGCCCAAGUGAGGGUCUUCGGGGCAUGAACGUGCUGUAAAUUCCAGGAUGAUCCUGUGGCAGGAGGAGCCAGGAGUGGUGAUGGGGACAGGGGCCUUUUCCCUGGACUUUCACUGGGGUUGUGCACUGAAAGCAGUCUAGGAAGAAAGAGGAGACAUUUUGCAAAGCCUUGGUAGCUCUGGCUGAGACAAUAAACCUGUGUCAGAGCCUCAGUGCAGGGAGGGAACAACAAAAAAAGGUCAAAGCCAGAACUCCAGGUCCCUGUCACUCUGUUACCUGCCACUCUGGUGCUGGGGCUCUCCAGCUCUUUAAAUGUGUUGACUUGUUCUGAGGUUAAACAGGUUAGAAAUCUUUUUGCCAGCCCAAACAGAAUAACUCUGGGAGAUUAAGGUAUAAUAAGGUCCUAAUAAUGCCCUGAAAUGCCAAGAGAGUGUAAAAUACCCAAAAAAGCAGGUGCUGAGGGUGGGUGCUGCAGUGCUGAGCAGGUCAUGGCCCUUCAGGAGAGAGUUCUGCUCUCUGCCUGCAGAGCCACAGCUGGGCUGGGCUCCUGGUCCCUCUGGGCAUCCUUGGCUUGAUGCUCCUGAGGCAGGUGAGGAGGGAAGGAACAAACCAACCCCGGGAAUGUUCUUCCCUCCUCAGGUGGUGGGAGGUGAAAGGAGAAGGUGAAGGUGAAUGUGAGGAGUUACUUUGCAGUAUUAACCCCGUUGGAGGUGGCAGGGUCCCACAGCUGCAGCCACCUCCCACACUCCAUGAAUCCACAGGCAAUUUUUAGCAGCUCAGCCAUUGGGAUGGUGUGUUCCUGCCUUCCUGACCCUGUCUGGUGCCUUCUUUCUCUGCAGUAGCUUUUGGGGGAUAGUUUGUUUUCCAAGGCAGCCAGACCUCUGUGAGGAAGGCUCACAGCCAGGCUCUGCAAAACCAGGUGUCAGGUUCCUCCCCCUUGGGGGCUGUGGAGGGGUCCCUGUGCUGUCACCCCCCCGUGCUGCCUCUCAAGGAGCCACCUCAGCUGCCUUGUCCCAAGUGCUGUUUGUGGAGCUACAAAAAUGUGUGUGUAGCUGUGAACUUUACACCCUUUGUGGAAUUUGGGGUGGGUUUUAUCUGCUGUUCUGAUUGAAGGAUACCAUCAAAGAGGCUGCUGGUUAUUUUUCUUCAGAGAAAACUUGGGGCUCCAGUUCCCAGUUCUCCCAUUAACUCCAUCCUGCUCAGGUGAAGCUGCACCUCAGCCCCGUGGGAGGCAGAGCUGCCCCUGGGGAGCAGCCUGAGAACCUGCAGACACCUGCCCUGUGUCCUGCUGCAGACUUAACAACAACUGCUUGGUUCUGUGGAGUUGAAAACAGCAAAACAGAGGUGUCCAUAGGCUGGGUUUCCUAGGAACAUCUUCCCAUUUUUCAUUUCUUUACACUUCUUCCAUUUCAGCUUAGCUCGCUGGUUUUAUUUUUAGGUCUGAUGAUGAGCAGAGCUCAGCGGAUAAGGAGAGACUUGCCAGGUAGGAGACUGGAGAUUUCAAGCAUGGACAAGCAGAGUGUUUCCUUUCCUCAAUGUCUCUCUAGGCAUCCCUGCUCUUUUUUUUUUUUCCUCCCUUCUUUUCCCCCAUCUGCUGCAGUAGAGGACUUGAAGCUGAGCAGACCUCUGGAAAUCACUGUGUAAUUGGAGUUAGGAGGGGAAAGGCCUUGGGUCCCCUGGGCAGGGUGUCUCUGGGGAGCACACAGAAGGAUUUGUUUGCCAGAGAGCUCAGGGCAGUGCAUGGUUGGGCUGUUGCUUUCUCUGAGUGCUGCAGCUUUGCUAACCUGUGCUGAACACAACUUCUCCUGGGCUGGAUCAAGGUGCCAAAGGGUCAAUUCUCUUUCUCCUUGGUGAGGAUUUGUCACAGGGAUGCUGUCCUGCUGUCAAACGGGCCUUAAAAGUGAACUAGUUCAGCUUUUUCUACCCCUUAAAGCUUCCAGGAAGGGUGGUGUCCUGCCCCUGGGCUCACUGAGAGCAGAACUUCUGUAUUUACCCCAAGUUUCUGUUUGUAAUUAAUCAGGGACUGUGGCUGAAGUGACCAAAGCAGGUACCUCAGGGGUUGUACUUUGGUGCAGGAGGUUGGUGGUGGUGCAGGGCUGUGCCCCCAGGGCAGCUGGGUGACACAGAGUGUUGGCAGGACUGUUUCUUCAGCAGAAACGCCCCCCCCCCCCCCCAACUUGAAAUGUGCCCCUUCCCCCUUCUCAGCUGCAAAAUAAGAAGUGUCUGAAGUUCCCAGGGAGGCUGCUGCUGUUUCCACCCCAGCUGGUGUCUGCAGAGCCUGGGGUUGGUCAUUCCUGCAGGAAGCCUUGCUUGGAGGUUUGCAUCCCACAAACCUACCCUGGGACUUCUUAGGACUGUCCCACCCACCCCGGGCUGGUUCUUGAGCAACACAUGGGGCUAAAGAGGCUCUUGGGAGGGGAGAAUGCCACAGUUCUGGUCAGUUUAUUGCCUGCUGGCUGGUUUUAAAACAAAAGCUUCAGGCCCAGCUGCAGAGUUUAAAUUGUUGAGGAGAUAAGGAGACACCAGAGAUGGGGCUGGGAGUGCAGUGGUGCUUCUUCAGGGGUUUCUCCUCUGGGGAAGCAACGACCCUUCUCCCUGCCCCACCUCUCAGUGGUCACUGUCACACCAGAGCCUGUGGUAAAGAAUCCUGGGCAGUGGGGCAGGGAAGUGGCCUGAGGUUUCCCAGGAGCUUUGCAGUGAAGGUGGCUUCAUUUUGACACCUGAGCACGUGGGUUUGGAGGAACUGAGUCCAAGGUGAGUGUGAGAACUUGCCUUCCUGAGGGUCAGUCUCUUGCAGCAAAGGGCAGGGUCACUGAGUGACUGCAGACACCUGGCAGUGAGAAAUGCUCCAUUUUUGUUUAUCCUCUUCAGCUCACUUGCCUGUCUGUUCCUUCCAACACUUUCCAUCUCAUUUAGUUUCUCACCAUGUGCUUCUUGCAUCCCAUCCAUCCUUCUCUAUGGGAAACCUGGCUUUUAGGAUCUGGUUUGAGAAACCCACCUUAGCAACCCAGUUAAACUACAUGUACUGGAUGAAAGAACCAUGUCUAAACAAGUGAUGUUUGCCCUCUGGGGGCUGGUGGGGACUCUUCCCUGCAGGAGGUGUGUGGAGAACCUCUUGGAGGACUCUAGGUGGGCAGUGUUGGUCGUGGGGCCUCUCGGGAGGUCUGUGUGUGUGCCUGGGCCACCCACACUGGCCUGGAGCUGUACAGAGUCAGGUGCAUGUCCCCCCUGAAGCCCUUCCCUCCUGCCACGGUGUUGUGAGAGGCUCUGGAUGUCACUGAGAAGUGUCAUGCACUGCCAGGGGAGGCUCCUCUGGUGUGAUUGAGGUGCCUCAGCUGCAGCCCUGGCCUCUGCGUCUGGUUAUGGAGGCACACGGUGUCUUGAAAGUGACAGAGAGGGGACAUGGCUCACCCUGAGAGAAACAAUGGGUGGGAUCAGUCAUUCCAGGCUGCAGCAAAGCUGUUGGAGCAGCAGGUUCCCUCAGCACCAGGAGGGAGAGCAAGAGAAAAACCCUCUUGUUGCAGCAGGAGCCCUGGGGGCAGCUUCUUGCUCUGCUGGGGCAGCUCGGCCUGGCUGGUGCCUCCCCAGAGGGGUGGUGGGAACCCAGGCAAAGCUCCUGCCUGCAGCCAGGAAGGUCCAACCAUAGACUCUCCUCCUUGCCCUCCUUCCCCUCGUGCACGCCCAGCAUGUGCAGCUCCUGUCCUGCCUCCUGACCGCCCUGAAGCACCUCCUGUGUUUUUGCACUCUGGAAAGCGUGGAACGUGGGGAGACAACCCCCCCCCCCAAGCCCCCCAACACCUUGAGACCUCUGUCCCCCUGCCUGGGGUAACUUCCUCCUCUCCUCCCUGGCCUCGUGUGGUUUGUGUUUGUUUGCUUUCCAGGGAAAACCACAGCGAGAUCGAGCGGCGGCGGCGGAACAAGAUGACAGCCUACAUCACCGAGCUGUCCGACAUGGUGCCCACCUGCAGCGCCCUGGCCCGCAAGCCCGACAAGCUGACCAUCCUGCGCAUGGCCGUGUCCCACAUGAAGUCCCUGAGGGGCACGGGCAACACCUCCACGGAUGGCACCUACAAACCCUCCUUCCUCACUGACCAGGAGCUCAAACACCUGAUCCUGGAGGCAGCUGAUGGGUUCCUGUUCAUCGUGUCCUGCGAGACGGGGCGGGUGGUCUACGUGUCGGACUCGGUGACCCCGGUGCUGAGCCAGGCCCAGUCAGAGUGGUUUGGGAGCACCCUCUAUGACCAGGUGCACCCUGACGACGUGGGCAAGCUGAGGGAGCAGCUCUCCACCUCUGAGAAUGCCCUGACAGGUCGCAUCCUAGAUCUGAAGACAGGGACUGUGAAGAAGGAAGGGCAGCAGUCCAUGAGGAUGUGCAUGGGCUCACGGAGAUCCUUCAUCUGCAGGAUGAGGUGUGGCAGCAGCUCCGUGGAUCCCGUCUCUGUGAAUCGUCUCAGCUUCAUGAGGAAUCGCUGCAGGAAUGGUUUAGGUGCAGCCAAGGAUGGGGAGCCUCACUACGUCGUGGUGCACUGCACGGGCUACAUCAAGGCCUGGCCCCCUGCAGGUGUUUCCCUGCCUGAUGAUGACCCGGACGCUGGCCAGGGCAGCAAGUUUUGCUUGGUGGCCAUUGGCAGGCUCCAGGUCACCAGCUCCCCCAACUGCACAGACAUGAACAACAUUUGUCAGCCCACAGAGUUCAUCUCCAGGCACAACACUGAGGGCAUCUUCACCUUCAUCGACCACCGCUGUGUGGCCACUGUUGGCUACCAGCCUCAGGAACUUUUGGGGAAGGACAUUGUGGAUUUCUGCCACCCAGAAGACCAGCAGCUUCUGCGGGACAGCUUCCAGCAGGUGGUGAAGUUAAAAGGCCAGGUUCUGUCAGUCAUGUUCCGAUUCCGAUCCAAAAACCGGGAAUGGCUCUGGAUGAGAACCAGCUCCUUUACCUUCCAGAACCCCUACUCGGAUGAAAUUGAGUACAUCAUCUGUACCAACACCAAUGUCAAGAACUCAAGCCAGGAGUCUCGGCCUGCCCUGUCCAACUCCCUGCAGAGGCCCCAGCUGGGGCAGAACGUCGGGCUGCCCCUGGAAAUGGGCACAGCACCACUGCCCUCAAGGCAGCAGCAGCCACCACAGCAGGCAGAGCUGGAAGUGGUCCCAGGAAGAGAGAGCCUGGCUGGGUACGACCACUCACAGGUUCCCGUGCAGGCGGUGAGCGCCGCGGGCCCCGAGCACAGCAAACCCCUGGAGAAGGCAGAGAGCCUGUUCAGCCAGGAGAGGGACCCCAGGUUCAGCGAGAUCUACAGCGGGAUCAGCACAGAGCAGAGCAAGGCCCUCCCUGCCAGCACCGUGCCUGCCAACCAGCCCCUCUUCACACAGGGAAACACUUUCACCCCAUCCCGACCUGCUGAGAACUUCAGGAGCAGCAGCCUGGUGCCUCCUGUCAGCCUGGUCCCGCAGCCGCCCGCGCCCUCCAGCCGCAUCCUGCCCCAGAUCUCCCGCCACUCCAGCCCCGCGCAGCCCAGCGGGACCGGCUGGGCCCCGGGGACACGACCCCCCUUCACCCCACAGCAAGUGGCAUCUCAGACAGUGAAGACCCGUCCCCCUUCCUUCAGCAUGGGGACAUUCCAGGGGACCCCAUCCUCCUUCAGCCCCAUGGCAGCACCGGGCUCCACGGCCUCCCCCACAGGGCCCACCUACCCCAAUCUCACCAGCCGUGGUGCAGCCUUCAGCGCGGAGGCGGCGCAGGGCUCGGCUCCCUUCCCGGCGCGCGCGGACGGCGGCACCGUCGGGAUGUGGCCCCAGUGGCAGGGACAGCACCACGGCCCAGCCUCGGGGGAGCAGCACGUGCAGCAGCCUCAGCCCAGCCAGCCUGAGGUCUUCUCAGACAUGCUGACAAUGCUGGGAGACCAAGGACCCAACUACAACAACGAAGAGUUCCCAGAGUUGAAUAUAUUCCCUUCUUUCUCAGAAUAAGAGAAGCCCUGGGGGAAGCCAGCCUGUCCAAACUGCCCAAGUGUAAAGGAAAACACCCAAGUCUUUUUUCUUUUUUUUUUUUUUUUUCUCCAAAGACUGCUGAACUUUUCUAAAACACUUCCAACCUUCUGGAGGCAAAACUCUGCCCAACAGCCUGGAGGGUGGACAGGAGGAGGAGGUGGUUUGGGGCAGCUCCUCAGUGUGGUGCCAGCAGUUUUGGGGUCUGUUCUCCUGGAGGAUUCAGGACUUGGUGCUGUGGGACCAGCUGCCCUCAUGGACCAGAGGCUCCAUGUUCCUGGAGCUGCUGGCUUGGUGGGAGGGAUUCCUGUCUGGAUCACAGACAUCCCCUCCAAACUCAUCAGGUGGCUUUUUACUGGUUUUACUUCAAAUCUUCUCUACCUGGGACUUUUUUUUCUAUCAAACACGAAGGAUUGUAACUUUUUAACCAUUGGAAGAAACUCUUCCAAACCUUCCCCCUGUGUAAUGCAGCUCUGGAGGGGGCCUGGGCCAGGAUCCUUGUGGAAAGGCAGCUUCCCAGGGGGAGGAGGCUUAGCUGCCUUUGGAAGGUUGUUCCUGUCUGCAGCCCCCCGUGCUGGUGGGCAGCCCAGGGCCUGUCUGGUGCCAUCUCCUCUGAACUGUGCAAUGAAUUUGGGCCUCUCUAGUCCUGAGUGUGACCUAUGAGCUCCCACAGGGCCCAGGCAUUCCUGGGAACGCCGGGAUACGAGCCAUAAAAACCUGAUCCAUGUAGCUUUGUUCUGGAUGCAUCAGUUGUGCAGCUGAUGUUUCUGUGCUGCCAUGAACCUGUGUCUCAACAGGCUCCUUGUCAGCUUCUUGGGGGUGGGGGGAGGUGGGGAAACUGCUCUGGAUUACCCAUGUAUUUUUACCACAGCUGGAUUCAGUUCCUUGCCUUGGGCUGGGAGCUGGAUCCUGCCUCCCUGCACAGAGAGGCCCUGGGUCCCUUGCUGAGAACUUGCAUUUGUCACUACAUGCUCUGAAUGGCAGAGUUUGCUCUUAAAAUCACCAUCUCCUUGAGGGGAAAAUCCAGGCCACGUGCUGACCCUGUUGCCAAAUCCCAACAUGGAGGAGAGCAGGGGAAGAGAGGGAGCAGAAUGAUUAUUUUUUAUAUAUAUAUAUAUAUAUAAUUUUCUUUUUUUAAUUUUAAA